AGUUUAACAGCAGCUGCGCGUGUUUUUAGGUAGAAAGUUUUUAGUAAAAACGUCCUCCUGUACAUCAGUCUGUAGUUCAGUCAGUAGUUCAGUUUAUUAUCUUUUUUUUUUAAAUAAUUUAACAAUGGCCGACGACUCUGUGAAAUUGUCCAAAAACCUCUUACGCAUGAAGUUCAUGCAGAGAGGUCUGGAUGCUGAGAUGAAGAAGCAGCUGGAGGAAGAUGAGAAAAGGAUCAUCAGUGAUGAACACUGGUAUCUGGACCUGCCAGAGCUCAAAGCUAAAGAGAAUCUGAUCAUCGAGGAGAAGAGUUUUGUUCCCUGUGAAGACCUGAAGUACGGCCGCUUCUCCUUCAAAGGUUUUAAUCCUGAAGUUGAGAAAUUGAUGGUUCUGAUGAAUCCAAAAGAAGAAAAGGAGGAAGAGGAAGAAGAAGAAAUGAGCAGGAUGCAAACAGAUGUCACAGAUGAAGAAAUGGCUCUCAGGUACGAGAGUUUAGUCGGAAGCAUGAAAAAGAAGUUUGCAAAGAAGCGAGAGAGAUCGGCGACACAAGAAGACGUCAAUCAAAACGUAGUGGACACAAAGAGAGUCUUUCUAAAGCCUCAGGACUGAACACAACGUCUGAUGGACUUUAUUUUUAUUUAAAAGACUCAAAAAGACUUUUUUUACUCCCUUGUUUGUGGAUACUGUGGAGAGUGUCAGUGAGCUGAGUGUUGAGUUUCAGGCUGAUUGGAUGUUAUACAUCCUGUUUUUUAAAGAAAAGAUUUGAGAUGCUGUGAGGUUUGAACAGUGUUUUUACAGUCUGUGCUGUGUGAAGAGAGAUUCAUUAAAUGUGUCACUCAGUGGA